AUGGUCCUCCCUGUGGAUAACAGGACCGAGGCUCAGAAGCUGCGUAGCCUGGUGGAGAACGGCGUCGCGAAGCGCUUCGAUCUGAGGGCGUGGAGCGACAAGGGAUGCGCGCAGGCCACGGCGGUGGAGCGCCUCGAGGUGCUCCUCGAGCAGGUGCGACCGGACGUCGCCAAGCUCAUCGUGCUGGAGGAGCUGGAGGGUACGUCCGAGGAGGACUCGGACGCGCUCGUGUACGGGGAGAUAGAUAUGCACGAUUUCAUGACCGAGCUCCUCGACAAGUACGGCGGCACGAGCGCGGAGGGGGGCGGCGGCGGGGACGGCACCGGGCGAUGCUUCGUGGACCUGGGGAGCGGCACCGGCAAGGCGGUCAUGGCGGCGGGCCUCUGCCGACACUUCUCCCACGUCUGGGGCAUCGAGCUCCUCCCGUGCACGUCCGCGAUCGCCGAGCUGCUCAUCGAGGACUACGUCAGGGACGUGCUGCCCGGGGCGAGGCCCGCGAGCAACCCGCUGCUGUCGUGCGCGGUGGAGCGAGGGGAUUUCUUCCAACCCGAAGUUUCAUCGCGCUGGACGCGCGCGGACUUUGUGUUCUGCAACUGCGUGACGUGGGACCAGGACACCGUGGACGCCCUGUCAGCCGCCGCGGAGCGGAUGAGACCGGGCGCGAUUUUCGUCACCGUGCUGUGCCCGCUGAGCAGCGAUAAGUUCGAGCUGGUGGACGAGGCGGAGCUGAAAUUUUCGUGGGGCUUUGUCGAGGCGCUGGUGCAUAGACGCAUGACGGACGACGCCGCGGCUCUGGGCGCGAUGCUGGGCGAUUCCAUGUCCCGCAUGCGGGGAGACGACGACAUGGAACACGACGGUUGA